UUGUGGGCUAUGGUUUGUUCCAAAUAUCGGUGUCCUGCCCUCUUCUCCUCCGGAUCCAAAACUGUGAAAGCCCAAGACAAAAAACUGAAGCUAAGUCAUUAAGCCCAAAUUCAUAGGCCCAACAAGAACCAAGUAUCAAUAGGCCCAAUAAGCCCUAAGUCUCGAAGCUCUCUCAACGAUAUUUCCAAUCUCCAUCUCCAAUCCUCAUCUGAUGCUGUCAAUUCUUCUUCCAAUGAAGGAAACAAUGGAAGAAGCACCAUGGCCUCAAAAGCUUCAAGCCCUAACCCACAUUCUGCUCUGCCCCACCACCGCUCCGCCGCUCGCUUCUCAAUUCUUCAUCGCCACCAAAAUCCCCUGUUACCUCAAUUGGGACUACCCUCCUCUCCUCUGCCCUAAAUCUUCGAUUUUCCCCUUUCUCUCACUUCACCUCCAAUGGGGUUUCUCCCUCUUCCUCAAAAAACUCUCCCGAUUCGGCCUCCCCAAAACCUCCUGGCGAUCCAAAUGCCCUUAUCAACUUCCACCGCCUUUGAUUCUCGCUAAGGGCGUCCACCCUGCUCAGUGGGAUGAUGAACAGAGGAUAAACUACGCCAGAAUGAGGCUUAGAAGAAAACGUCUCGGCAGCGAUGUUCAUCCCUUAAUCCCUAUUAUGAUUCCCAAUAUGUUGCUGUUUACUCUGCUUCUAUGGAAUCCAUUCUCUUCCACUGAUUGAUACAACUCUGAAGUUUUUGCUGUAAAUUGAUUGUUUGGGCCCUCGGGUUUUUAGUAACUUAUUAAUGGCUGAAUAAUGUAAAGUGUAUAAGUAAAAGAGCAGUUGGGAUAUAAACAAAGUUCUGAGUUUCUUUGUUUUCAUUAAUGCGUGUGGCUGAAAAGUAAUUGAGGCUGAGAAAUGCAAGAAAUAAUAAUUAGAGAAGACAACAAAUUGUGGUUCGAGUUUGUUGUGAAUUCGUCUCUGUUUGGAAGCACACAGAAGGGAUAAAGGAAGCUUUUAAUUUGGGCUGCAAUGGCAUCGACGAGAGGGAUUCAAAGGAACCAUCAAAUUCAAAACUUUGAAUGCAAACUAAUUUGUUUGUGUGGUUA